AUGACCUUCAAGACCCUCAACUCAACCAAGAAAAUAUUCUACUACACUUUCUUCCCAACCAAAGAAGAAGAAGAAUCAUCAAAAACCCGGCCAGCACCCGGCCGCCGCCGCCAGAUAAUUGAGAUCUGGGACGAUUUCCGGCCACCGUCUGGUGGCAGUUGGCCGAUAAACAAAACCCUGACCAAACUCGAAAUUGAGUCCGGCAAGCUUGUUUUGUCAUGCAACGACAUGUUUGAAUACGUCCUUAGGUAUUGGCCCGUUGAGUUGGCAAAAAGCAUCGUUAGCGAAGGGCAAAGGGUUUAUGUUGCUGUUUGUGAUGCCACACAAGAGCUUAAGUACCCAAGAAAGUAUGGCAUGGAUCAAGCUUAUGUGGAGAUGGUGAAAAAGGACAAUUUUGCCCUGGUGUGCAUGACUUUGGUGAAGGAUAGGAACUUGAAGAUCUAUGAUGAGAUUUCCUUAAAAUGGGAUGAUAAAAGAUUGUGUUUUAUGUUCAAAUUGUUAUUGUUGUAG